UCUCGCUCAUCCAGGCUGUCUCAUAAUUUUCAGAUUUGAUCUCUCUUGUUUGUUCGAUCAAUCAAAGAUUCAUCCCGAUCUUCUAGUUACCCCUCAGAAAUAAAACAUACCCAUCUGUGGAUCCAUUCCAAUUUCGUGUUUGUUUCGAAAUUUCUCAAGAGAAAAAAAGACAGAUUUUUUCGAAACAGAACACCAUGGCCGAAGAACACGAAUUUCAAUCCCCAGAAGGCCAUCAUCUCUGCGCAAACAACUGUGGCUUCUUCGGCAUUCCAGCAACUCUCAAUCUCUGUUCCAAAUGUUACAGAGAUCAUCAAUUAAAGGAAAAUCAAGCCAAAUCCGCCAUUUCAGCCGUCCAAAAUUCUCUCCUCCCCCCUCCUCCUUCUUCAUCCUCCAACACGGUUCUAGCAAUUGAAAAAUUAGAUCGGUUUGUGGUUGUUUCUUCUCCGGCGGAAGAGGAAAUCCGGCCAGCUGUGACUGUUAACACGAACAGAUGCUCCGCCUGCAGUAAACGGGUGGGUUUGACCGGAUUUACUUGCCGGUGUGGGUUUACUUAUUGUGGUAUACAUCGGUACCCGGAAGGACAUGGGUGUUCAUUUGAUUAUAAAUCUGCCGGAAAACAUGCGAUUGCUAGGGAGAAUCCGGUAGUGAAGGCUAAUAAGCUGGAGAAGAUUUGAUUUCAUGAAAUCCAGUCGGAAUUUCUAAACCAACACAAACCCAUCUUCCAUGAAUGUAAUUCCUCUCUUUUUUUCUUUUCUUUUUGUGUGUUUUGUUUUAUGGUGAUCCCAUUAUGUGUAAUUAGAAUGGUUAUGACUAAUAUUAAUAUGAUAAACAGACAAGAAUUAAUAAAAAUUAAAUUUUGAUUGUU